GCAGCCUACGAGUGACGAAGUGAAGCAACCAAGUUUUUCAUUGGCCUUUGUCUCUGUCACUCAAUCAUACAUCUGUACUUCCUGUUAAUAUUGCGGGAAAGUUGACCCAGCCAAAGUCUUAUUUGCUACAUUAAAAGAGAGUUUAUUUUGUAUUUGUUUACAGUUAUCCCACUUAUUAGUACCAAAUGUCGAGAACUUUAGAAGAGGUACAGGCGACACUGCAAAUCGCAAAACUAACAGAGGAUGAUUUGCACAACACAAUUCACUGUUUAACUUUUGGAUGUAGCGUCUCGUCUGGAGACUACUGCCUAAUGGAACUGGAUGACACUCUCUGUAAACACAUAGAAGAAGGGAAAAGCCUGGUGAUCAGAGGAGACAAGGAUGAGCGAGCUAUCCUGUGCAGCGAGGACAAUACAUAUGACCUGAAGAUAGCGGAUACCUCCAACUUGCUACUGUUUGUCCCUGGCUGCCUGACUCCAGAUCAGCUGACUCAUGACAACCAGGCCAGCCCUCAGCUGGUUCAUGCACAGAUCUGGGGCUUCUCUAACAGUUACUGGGAGUUAAAGAAGCAGCGUCCCAAACUGAAGAAACUGAAGAAGCUUCUGUCGGAGCGUCUAUAUGAGGGCCCAGUCAUCGGCGGUGAGGAAGAGGAGGUUGUCACAGAGGGGAAGUACACUAUGGGAGACCUGCUUAAUAGAAUCCAAGCUAGUAAGGAGGAGAUUGAGGCCCAACUCCAGACUAUUCAUGCCUGUGAGAUUGACGGCUACUGGAGGAUUUUGGAUUUUGAAUACGAGAUGAAGCUACUGGGCCACGUCACUCAGCUGGUGGACUCCGAGUCGUGGUCCUUCAGCAGGGUGCCCCUUAGUGUCAGUCUGGAGGAGCUGGGACGCCUAGAGCCACGGGAGAUGAUCGAGCACUGCUUGAAUUGUUACGGGAGGCGCUACAAAGACAACGGGGAGGUGUUCUAUGCGCUGAGCGAGGACAAGGUGUGUAGGGCCACAGCCCAGAUGCUGCUGCAGAACGCGGUGAAGUUCAACCUGGCGGAGUUCCAGGAGGUUUGGCAGCAGAGCGUCCCCGAGGGCAUGGGCACCAGGUUGGACCAGCUGAAGAGCCUAGCGCUUGUGGACCGCAGGUCCAAACCAGAGACAAUUUCUCUUCUGAGGGUGGAGGAUCUUCCCGAGGACACGCUGGAGAGAUUCACUCACCUCUUCACUAUGAGGGAAAAGUGGACGGAGGACGAUAUCACCCCUUACAUAAAGGACUUGUGCGGAGAAAAGCAAACGACUGGAGCCCUCCUUACCAAAUAUGCUCGUUCCUCCACACAAAACGGAGUAAAAGUCUUCAAUUCAAGAAGACCAGUGGCCACUUGAAGACCUUUGGCUUGGAUAUGUUAAUAAAUUAGCAAUUUUGUUAUGUAGUGUGUAUUCUUAUAUUGUAUAAAUUCCUUUUUAAUACA